UGGAGCUACGGAGAGCGCGUUAAAUGAGCGCAUUUCACUCAAUGGGAUUUUAUAUUUAGCUCUGUGAGGGAAGAGCAGCCGGGCACAGGAGACCCCGAUCCCACUGGUGUCCAACAUUUGGAUCCUUUUGAGACCGUUUCGAUCCCCCUAAACUUGUCGUUCAUAUCACGGUGUGCGUUAUCGGGCUAUGUGGUGGUGAGGGCGCUGUGUGUGUGUGAGGGGGGAAUAGCGCAAAUUUAUCUUUACAGCUCCCGGGGGGGGAAAGAUGAUGAUGGCCGGUGGUGGCGGAGCAGCAGUGGACCAUAACGGGCUAUACUCAAAUCCUAACCUCCACGGCCUGCAGCAGCCCCACAUGGAGGCUGAUAACCCGGACUCCCGCAAACGACCGCUGGAAACUCCGACGGAGGAGGCCGGCUGUACCAAGCGUACCAACACCGGAGUAAGAUGUCGGAGUGCAGCACUGCACAAUUACCCCUUUCCCACUUUGUGUGUCUCUCCCCCAGAGGAGGGUGAGUACUUCCUGAAGGUGCUGAUCCCCAGCUAUGCAGCCGGCUCUAUAAUUGGCAAGGGCGGCCAGACCAUCGUACAACUGCAGAAAGAGACGGGUGCCACCAUUAAGCUUUCCAAAUCCAAAGACUUCUACCCAGGAACAACAGAACGCGUCUGUCUGAUACAGGGUACAGUCGAAGCCCUCAAUGGUGUUCACAACUUCAUUGCGGAGAAAGUCCGCGAGAUGCCCCAGAGCGCCCAGAAACCCGAACCAGUCAGCAUACUUCAGCCACAGACCACUGUCAACCCCGACCGCGUCAAACAGGCCAAACUGAUUGUACCCAAUAGCACAGCUGGGCUGAUCAUUGGCAAGGGUGGAGCCACAGUGAAAGCAGUGAUGGAGCAGUCAGGGGCUUGGGUGCAGCUCUCCCAGAAGCCAGAGGGCAUCAACCUGCAGGAGCGAGUUGUAACCAUCAGUGGGGAGCCAGAACAAAACCGCAAGGCUGUGGAAAUCAUAGUGCAGAAGAUCCAGGAGGACCCUCAGAGCAGCAGCUGUCUCAACAUCAGCUAUUCUAACGUCUCGGGCCCAGUGGCCAACUCCAACCCUACUGGCUCCCCCUACGCUAAUACGGCCGAGGUGCUGCCCAAUGCAGCUGCAGCAGCUGCCACUGCCUCCAGCCUUCUGGGUCAGGCCGGCUUGACAGGAAUGGGCGCCUUCCCCACCGCCAUGUCCAGCUUCUCUGGCAAUGAUCUGCUGGCCAUCACCUCAGCCCUCAAUACACUGGCCAGCUAUGGCUACAACACUAACACCCUGGGCCUGGGCCUCAACCCUGCAGCUGCUUCUGGGGUCCUUGCGGCAGUAGCAGCUAGUGCUAACCCGGCUGCUGCUGCUGCAGCUAACCUGCUUGCCUCCUAUGCUAGCGAUGCCUCCAGCAGUGCUGGCCACCCUGCUACAGGCCUCGGUGGGUUCUCCCUGGGUUCUCUAGCAGCUGCUACAGGGGCUUCCAAUGGUUACCUAAAUGCUUCAUCCCCACUGAUGGCCUCCUCCCUAUUGGCAACAGAGAAGCUGGCAGAUGGGGCCAAGGACGUGGUUGAGAUUGCUGUUCCCGAGAAUCUGGUUGGUGCCAUUUUGGGGAAAGGAGGGAAAACGCUGGUAGAGUACCAGGAGCUAACGGGAGCACGCAUCCAGAUCUCCAAAAAGGGAGAAUUCAUUCCUGGUACUCGGAACCGUAAAGUUACCAUAACAGGGUCGCCAGCCGCUACACAAGCAGCGCAGUAUCUGAUCAGCCAGCGGAUCACUUACGAGCAGGGUGUGCGUGCUACCAACCCACAAAAGGUGGGCUAAAAGGAAAAUGAAGAGGAAUGAAGGAAAGGAUGAAGACAGAGAUAGAAGGGAAUUGAGAGGGUCACGAUGAAUAGAAAAAAGAAAUGUCCAAAUAUCUGUUCAAUAUUUCAGUAUCAAAUGAGAGAAUCACAAAGGAGGAGGUGGGGGAGACAACCAAGAUAAGUGUGUGUGAUAUGUGAAUGUGUUUUUAGGACUGACGUCCUGAUGUUUUUUAAAAGUUUGUGUCGAGUCGUUUUGACGAUGGUGAUCAGAGUAAGCUGAACUGGUCCACUGCCAAGCUGCAGAUUUAAGGGUGAGGCCGCAGGGUUUCACCCUCCUCCAAAACCUCAUAGCUGUUUUGUUUUCCUUUUUUUUGUUGGGUUUUGUUGGUUUUAAUUUCAGUUGCAAACCUCAGCUCCCGGUGAGUUGAGCGUGUCAGAUGAAGUUCGAGCCAGCUAAUAGAGCUGUUCUGCAAACCUUGAUCUUUGUAUACAAUGUAGAAGGCAUUGUUAACAGGGGAGAGGUUUUAUGACAAGCACCUGAGGUCAUCUCAGUCUAUGGGGAAGCAA